GAAAACUGCACCAGUGCACACCAGUGCGAGUGUGUGACACGCCACCAUGAGGUCUCUGCAGGCUGUGCUCGUGGCGGUCCUCGUCCUGCUCGCCGUCGCCGCGACGACGGACGCUGCCUGGGCGCCGAUACCGGACCGCGACCUGAACGGCAUGGUGGUGCAGCAGGCGGGCCGGUUCGCCGUGCUCGUGCAUGACAUCACGCGCCGGACGACCCUGGUGUUCGUCAAGGUGGAGCGCGGCGAGAUGGAGCGGCCGGCGGGCGGCGGCCUCGGUACCAACUACCGGCUCGUGGUGACCGCGGCGAGGGCGCCCGGCGGGAGCAGGGGCCGGUACGAGUGCGUCGUGUGGGGCGUGCCCGGCUCGCGCACCAGCACCUGGAAGCUCCUCGGCUUCAAGGCGCUCUAGCCACAUGCAUGGCCACCGAGCACUCGUACGUGUGAGUGUGACGGUCCGCGGCAAAGCCGCGCGCGUACUCCGCUGAAUAAUCUACGUUACCCAGGCAUAUAGUAUGUGCAUGGGUUUUUUAAGUACUAGUACACGUCGUCUAAUUUGUUACGCGAGUAAGGCACGGCAAAUACCUGUCUGCGUGCAGUUCGCACACACUAGCGCCGGAAUAAGUUGUGACUAUCACCCAGUAUACUUCUUUUUUGUCAUCACUGCCCGAAUGAUGUAUGUUGGUGAUUUUAUAAGAGUCUGGAUACUGUGAUUGUUCUCAAA